AUGAGGCUGCUAACCCACAACAUGCUAUCUUCCAACAUCAAAGGCGUGACCAACGGCUUCCCUCUGCGCAUUGAAAUAGAGAAGGUCGUGGAGAAGCAGGUUGACUUCAAUGCUGAUUUCCUUAGGAACAUGUUCCCUAAGAUCGAGUGGAAGGCCCUCGUCGGCGCCGCACGUACUUUGGGCUAUGUCGAGCUCCCUGAGGAGGUUGAGCCUUCCAGGCUUGAUUCUGAAGAUUUUCUGCGCAAGUUCCAUCAUGCCCUUUUGGAGCUUCAUCUCGAGGAGGGUGCGCUUGUUUGCCCUGAGACUGGUCGCCGGUUUCCGGUUUCUAAGGGAAUACCCAAUAUGCUACUUCAUGAAGACGAAGUGUGA